CGCUGAGCGUGUAGAUUGUUUUACUUGCUACACGCAGGUAACAAUACUGAUCAUGGAGCCCAUCCCGGAGGUCAAUGAGAGUGACGAGAUGUACGGACUGGUGGACCACAUUUAUGAUGCUUUAAUUAAAUAAAUACCUUUUCGGGCGAGUACCCAGAAAAUAAUGAGUCAGGAUUCGACUCACGGUCAGGCAAACCCUCACGCGGAGCCUGAACACGUUAGUGUGCAUACGGUGCACACUGAGGCAUCCAGCUACGUACCCCAACAACAUCAGCCUCAGCCGGAACCUCAGCCAGUUCCGGAGCAGUUCGCGGGUCAGAACCCGAAUUUGGCCAUCCCGAUGUUCCAACCACAAAUGGUUGCGAACAUGUUCCAAUUCUUCCAACAGAUUGCUGGAGCACACGUACCACCACCACCACCUCCUGCAACCAUUGUCUCGAUUGAAAAACUCAAGAGGAAUGGGGUGCAGGAAUUCUGUGGCGACCAGAUAGCGGACCCUCAAAUAGCCAAGCAUUGGCAAGAACGCACGGUGAGGGUACUAGAGAACUUGAAGGUACCUGUCGAGGAUUGGGGACAACACGCCAUAUCCCUAUUGCAAGAUGCCGCCUAUGACUGGUGGAAGCGAAUGGGUGCCAACAUUCCCGUGCCGUUUGGUAAAGACUUGGUCAACACCAUGGAGAAGCGCUGCAAGAAAUUCAUCAAGGGUAUGAGACCAGACCUGUCAUCAACACUCAUAAUUGCUCCCCGAGCCGACAUCAACGAUGUCUAUAAGAAAGCUCUUAAGCUGAACGAGGAGCUCAUCAGGAAAGCUGCGUAUGAGCAGGCACUACUGGCAGAAAGUCGGACCGUCCAAUCGGGCCUGAAGAUGGGACAUGGUAGCAAGAGGACCUUCUCCGCACCGAGCAACUCCCGCUAUGAUAAGCGAGCAAAAUCUACUCCCUCUGAAUCUGUGGCUGUUACUAGUAAAAGCGGAAAAGAGAAAGUGACAUAUCGUAAUCCUAUAUGUUCACUCUGUGGCCGUAGGCAUGCUGGUGAGUGUUGGCUUACACAGGGUCUUUGCCUCGGGUGUGGUCAGUCAGGUCACUUUCGAAAGGAUUGCCCGACGAACCCAGGCGAGGUUUUCUUCACAGCACCAAGCACGCCGGGUGUUUCUACUGUCCGACGGGCCGAGCCUACCCAGAGUCAUCGUUCCACGGCCGCGUCUAACCAACCGAAGAAACCAGCAGCCAGCCAGCAGCAAGGACGAACACCAGCUCGUACAUAUGCCAUGCAAGUGCGUACUGAUCCGCAGGCUAAUGAUGUCAUCAUGGGUAUGUUCACUUUAUUUGAUAUCACUGUAUCUGCAUUAAUUGACCCUGGAUCUACCUUAACAUACAUAUGUGUACCUAUGCCUGUUACAUCUCACGUCACUAAGGAAACUCUCGAGCAUCCAGUAGUUGUGUCGAACCCACUGGGACACAGUCUACGUCUCCAACAUGUUUAUAAUCAAUGUCCGUUGAUGGCUCAAGGAAAGAUAUUCUUAGCCGAUCUCAUUGAACUUUCUCACAAGGAGUUUGACGUUAUACUUGGCAAGGACUGGUUGACAAAACACCAGGCUAUUGUCGAGUGCAAGGAACGAGUGGUGAAACUUCAUACAGACGACAGUAACGAAGUGAUCAUUCGGGGAGAACUUCUGCCGAAAGCCCCAGAAUUCAUCUCUUAUAUGCAAGCAAAACGGCUUAUUCGCAGGAAAUGCGAAGCAUUCUUGUGCACCGUGAAGGAUAUGCAGAAGGAAACUCCUAACCAUAAGAACAUAUCUGUGGUUUGUGACUUUCCUGAUGUAUUUCCUGAAGAACUUCCUGGUCUACCUCCUCCAAGGGAAGAACUUCCGGAGGUUAUUUCCAAGAAGAUUGAACGUCGGAAGCUCGAAGUUGAUACGGGUGACCCGUAUUCCUCAGCUGACGCUGAGCGUGUAGAUUGUUUUACUUGCUACACGCAGGUAACAAUACUGAUCAUGGAGCCCAUCCCGGAGGUCAAUGAGAGUGACGAGAUGUACGGACUGGUGGACCACAUUUAUGAUGCUUUAAUUAAAUAAAUACCUUUUCGGGCGAGUACCCAGAAAAUGUAAAACAAUUUGAUUAUGUUUUAUAUUUAAGCUUCCAUACUGUUUCGACAUUACUCUGAAUUUAAUAUUUGAAAUUAUCAUUUAUAUUAAAGUUUUAAAUUGGUUUUAAAUUAUUCCUCAAAUAAUCUAGGUAAUUGGGU